AUGAUUCAACGUCUUCUUCACCUCGCACUCCUGGCCUCAGCAGCGUUUGCUUUGCCUCAGGGAAACCUUCCAGCAAUUGACGCACUCGACAGACUUCCUGUGAUUGACGAAUGUCCCGAAGUCACCCCCGGGCCCGGACUACCCUCUCUGGAAUCUCUAAACCUCACAUCGGCGGACUUGUGUAAGCCACCGGAAGAAUUCAUCGCAUCUCUUGGUGAAGUCGAAGAAGAACCUAGGCUCGCCAAACGAUACACGCCGUGGUGUGGUGGGAGCAGUGUUGUUACGCUCUCAAACGCUCUCAGCUGCUACAACUACCUCUAUGCUCUGGGAGAUACAGCCUGCGUCGUUCCUCCAAGCGGUUCGCGAUUCUGCACAGCAAGUGGAUGGCUACCUGCUGCUUGGUACGGCACCAGCGUGGACGGCACGACUACCCAGUCUACCUGCCGCGACGUUGCGCGUGGGGGAGCAUGGGUCAUUAACAAUUGCGGCAUGAGGAUCCCGACCAGCCCUCCUGUUGAUACUUGUUGA